AUUAAAAAAGAUAAUUUCUAUAUAUAUUGUAUUGUUAUCUGAAAAAGUCUUUUAGUGAAAAGUUAAAAUAAACAUAAAUUAUAUAAUUAAAAAUAGAAUAUUGUGUUAUUUUAAGAUUUAUUUUAGUAUAAUGAAUAUAGAGUACAAAGAACUUUUCAAAAAUUUAUGAAAAUGUUUAAACCUGCAUCGCAGGCAAAACACCUAGUUAUUAUAAUAUAUGGUGUAAUAUAGUUUAGAAAAAGAAUCAUAAAUGUAUUAAUUAAGUUUUAUAUAUUUUCAAUAAUGUUGAAUGUUUUUUUAUGAAAAAAGUAAUGUUGAAUGUUACUUGAGAAACUUCUGUUUGUUGUCUUCUCUACGACAAAAUAAGAGAGAAAAUUACUCUUCCACAUAGAUAAUGACAAAACAUACGAUCUUUACACGAUCUUUCAAGGUUUGUAGAAAAUCAACCCGAAAAAAUGAAAUCUAACGCGUAGAGUGUAGACACAUUAAAAGAUUUUGUGGACUCCGAUCUGAUGAUUUUAAAUUAAUUAUUAGGUGAUCGUUCGACCUGAUUAUAUCAUAUCUUAAAUGUAAAAAAAAUUAUUUAGGUAAAUAAUAUGCCAAUUGCAGGGUAUGGUCGAUUCAGGAAGCUACAUACUAAAUGACCAUAAGAGAAAGAAAUUCAUGUUAUACUAUCUUUUACGUAACCAUCAGCAUAUAAAGAUUAAUCAUUCAAUCCCAUAUUGAUUAACUUUUUGUUUUGCCAACAAAAUCUAGUAUACUUAAAACAGUAUUAAUUUCCCAACCAUCGAAUAUAGAAUAGAUAUAAAUCAUAGCUCAUGGAGAGAAUUGUAUGCUCUAGGAACUCACUCAUCUGCCUUUGAAUUAGUUGCGUUUGAAAUAUAUUUGAAUAACGAAACUAAAAAGAACGUUUUACAUGUUCAAAUUGAUCGAAAUGGUUUGAAAAACAUGCUAUUUCCUUGGUGCAACGUGUUGCAAAUACCAUUUUUCGUUUUUGAAGAAUCUACAUACAUUCUAUGACCAUUUAAUUUCAACGUUUCGCACUCUGUAUGUAAUGCAAAAAACUGCAUCGAAUACUCAUUAGUCCUUUAGUAGUAUAAUAUCAUCUUUGUCUGUAUGGAUAUGUAUCUUUACAAGCUUCAUCAACAUAUAUAACACUUUUUUUUUUUUUUCCAUCAAAGGGAUUUAAUAUUAUAAAAGAAACGGGCCAAACCCAGUACAAUAUUAUAACAUAAGCCCAACAACAAAUAGGACACCCAAAUUUCUAAUGGGCUAAGCCCUACGGACCCAUCACGAGAAAACCCUAGGGAGCAGGCGGAAAGGCAUACUGCCGCCUCACUAAACCCACUUUUGGCCGCUUGUACACGUGUCGCGAUCCUCCUCCGCGAAGAAACACGUGUCACAAGGAUAGCGCCAUACCAUCUCAACUCGUCGGCGCCGGAGAUCCAACCACCGGACCACCCGGCCAAACCGGAGCUCCAUCGCUCCGUUCCUCUUUACUUUCACCCAACUUUGGGCCACUCAAGCCGGAGAGGCUCAAUCGCCGUAGCGAGAGCUCCUCCAUCAACAUUAACCACCAGGACCCGCCAGAGGAAUCGCAUGCAUCCUCAUUCUUUCCGCCGGAGCUCUUCCAUCUCCUCCGACGAACACACCAACCCACAGAAACAAACAAAAAAACCCGACCGAAGAAAAGAAAGAAACAAAACCCUAAAGAAUAAGGGCCACGAGCCGGCGACGCAAGGCUGAAGAAGCCUUCACCCCCCGGAGACUAGAUCCGAUGACGGCGGACCUGAAGGAGUUUCCCCGCCACGGAGACAAAAGACCGGCGGCGACGGAUCUGCGAUAGCCUCCGCCUCCCGGAGAUAUUAUUCCGACAACAACUAAGGUCUUCUCCGCAACAUAUAUAACACUUUCAUUUGUCAUUUGUUUCAGAAUUGGUUUCUUUUGGAAUGAUUGGUUAACCUCUUUUAUUGUAUUUUUGUUUGUACUUCCUCCCACAAUUGUCCUUUUGUUUCUGCAAUUCAUAAAUUUUCAUGUGGAUGAUUAUUUUUAUUCAUACAUAAAAAUGUUAUCAUUUUAGUUUUCUAAAUAUACCGCGUUAUCUAUGAACAUGUAUAUUUGGUGUUUUUUUGAUAAUUUCUAAAUAGAUAAUCCAUGUUUAUAUAGAGUGAAAUUGCUCAAAAGAAUCCAUAUGCGCUGAAAUAAUAGAUCGGCCAUGUUUGUAACAAACAAAUAAUUGUAACAUUCAAAACAAAACAUGACUAAUUAUUGAUUACUGAUUUUCCGUGUGUCUCACAUCAACUAUAGUGACCGUCACAAUUUAUUCCAUGAGACUGCAAAUUCAUGUUGACUGGCACCAUGCAUAUAAUGGUAGGAAAAUUGUGAUAAUCCACUAGCCGUUUUUAGUCUAUAAGAUACACGAGUCAUGAAUUGUAUCUAUCAUAAUAAGGAAUUACAAGAAACGUUCUACAGAAUAUAUAAUGCUGUAUUUCAGUUUAGCGGUGAGGAACUCUUAGGCUUUGGAUUAGUAAUAUCUUGAGGAUGGGAUUGUAUUUCAGUUUAGCAUCUGUCCUUCACUUCUCUGUAUUUUUCUUCUUUUCUGUGUAGUUUGGCUCUUAUCAUUAAUGAAAACUCUUUAUUUAAAAUAAUAAUAAUACAUAUACAAAUACAAAAACUUCUUAACUACAUGAAUCGUUUAUUUACAACGGAAUAGUAUACAAAAUCAACCAUUUCAUAUCGGAUGACACAUUUUUUGUUAGGGAUAGUAAUAAAAAUAGUUAUUCUAUAUAUUUUGAAGUGAGCUACAACAAUAGUUAAAGAACCUAACAUAGCAAAUAAUAAUAAUAAUAAUGCUAUAGUUUUUUUGGUGUUAAAGUACAGUGAUUUAUUUAUCCAUCAUCAUCUACACAGAAACCAGUUCUUCAGAUUUUUGUUGUUGCUAAAUGUUCUUCAGAUUUCUAACCACAAAUAUAAUAUUUUUUAAUUAAUUAAACUAGAUUAUCAUAUUUCAUUACUUGACAUAAGAUAUCUUUUUUUUUUCACUUUAACAUGAGGUAAAAAGAUAUAUGAGUUUUUUGUAACAUAUAUAUGAGUACUUACAUUUAAGUCUUUAACAUAGGUUAUCUGUUUUUUUUAGCAUAAGUUAACUAGUGUUACUGGCAUGUAUAUACGUGUGCGUGAUUCUAGAAUGCUAGAAGCCCGUAAACAAGGAAGGUACAAAUAUGCAGAAUAAUAUAAUCAGUUGUGAAAGUUUUCAAAUGGUAGGAUUGACAUCCUAAUACAUAUUUAUGACUCAAUAUCUCUCUAUAAAACAGAAAAAUCUCCCAGUAAAUCUGCUUUGAAUAACAUUAAUUAAUUAUUUCCGUGUGUUUAUAAUGAUAUAAUACUGAUCACAUUCCAUUAGGCAUGGUGGGAUCUUUAACCACCCUUCCAGAGUAAUUAUUUUAAGUUUUUAACCUUGUCUAAAAUAAUGAAAGUUGAAAAUAAGAUCCGCAGGCUUGCGUUGUAUAAAAGGAUUUAACCAAAAAUUCCAAUGCGAAUACAAACUUUAAUUUAUUUCAUUGAAUGGGUUGAAUAAAACAUAAUCUUACGGAAAACAGAUAUCGUUUAAUAAAAUAAAAAAACUAUUCUACAUGCUAAUAAAUAAUAAUCACAUAUAUAUAUUUUGCUUUUUACUCCGUUUGUGAGUUAACCUAAAAACGAAAAAAAAAAUCAUUUGCUUUUUUUUUGUUCCACUACAAUUAUUACAAAUUGAGUUCAUUUGGGAGAAUAAAAAGAAGAAGACAAGUUACCGACAGCACCAAAUAAACUAUGUGAUUUCUAUUGUUUUCCGGGUAUAGUUAUAUGAAAGACAAAUAUACGAUCUGGCAUUUUUAUUUACUACCAAUCAAGAAAUCGAGUCCAACAAUUCAAUAUUUUUGUUAACACAAUAACACCCGACAAAUGUGGAAACAUUUGCACGAAACAAUUUAACGUAUAGACGUAUAAGAGCAUCGAUCGCAAACCGAUUCGUUCGUAUAAUUUUAUAAAGGAUGUUCUAUAUCCAUAUACAUGUUUAUUAGUAUAAUAUAUGGCUGCGAGAUAAGCAAAAAGACAAGUGUCAAUAGACAAUAGGGCAAGGUGAAUGCAAUGUUAAAACUGGAAGCAUUUUCUCCAUAAUCGCUAUAAAAUUUAAAGAUAAUAUAACAGUUAUAUAUAAAUUUUGACGAUUAGUCUAGAUUUAAUUAGGUUUAUAAUUUUCAUAUCAUAAUAAAUAGCUGAUAUGACCAAAGAAUGGAGAAGCCAUGCACGCAUGUUCACAUUGCAUUGGACACUAGGGUUUCUUUCAUGGUUGGUAGAAUUGGGUGAAGUUGGUUGGACAAAUCUCACAAAAAUCCAUUACACCGAAAAAAAAUUAUAAUUAUGCAGAUAUUAAGACGGAUAUUGUUUUAUAGACAAAGUAGUGUAGUCUAAAAGGAACAUUAAUAUAUACGCCGACAAAUAAUUUAUUAGACUCUACAGUUAACAUAUAAGCUCAUAACAUAUAUGUUAAAUCAUAAAAAAUGACAAUGUAUGCGUGGAUGAAAUUACCUUGAAUUGUCAAACUGUUAGCUGUAAUAAGAAACAGUUGAAAAAGACUACCGCGGCUGCUUCUCCCUCAAGGUCAGUAUUUGGUAGUGUACACAAAUCAUUUUCUAAUUUUAAUAUAUAGUUUAGUUAUAUAUGUGAUAUAUUAAUUAUAUAAACCCCAUCUAUGUCACAGUAUUGAAAAUCUUUUUGCUGUCAAUCAUCUUUGUUCUCUUCAAGGGAGCCAGAGAGGCCUUUUUAUUUGCUGUCUCUAAAUUAUAUUUGUCAAUAGAGAAUACAAAGAAAUGGAAGAAAAUCUUCCUCCAGGGUUCAGAUUUCAUCCUACAGACGAAGAGCUUAUAACACAUUAUCUUUGUCGGAAAGUCUCCGAUAUUGGAUUCACUGCUAAAGCUGUCGUCGACGUUGAUCUCAACAAGUGUGAACCUUGGGAUCUGCCAGACAAAGCUUCAAUGGGAGAGAAAGAGUGGUACUUCUUCAGUCUACGAGACCGGAAAUAUCCAACCGGUUUAAGGACAAACCGAGCAACUGAAGCCGGUUAUUGGAAAACCACUGGUAAAGAUAAAGAUAUAUACCGAAGUGGAGUACUGGUAGGGAUGAAGAAAACCCUAGUUUUCUACAAAGGAAGAGCUCCAAAGGGUGAGAAAAGCAAUUGGGUUAUGCAUGAGUAUAGGCUUGAGAACAAACAACCCUUCAAACCCGCUAAGGAGGAAUGGGUAGUGUGUAGGGUUUUCCAAAAGAGCACAACAACAAAGAAACCACAGGAACAACAACCAGACUCAUCUUUUGGAUCUCCAUGCGAUGCAAACUCAUCCAUGGCAAACGAGUUUGAAGAUAUCGAGCUUCCAAAUCUGAACUCAAACUCAUCAACCGUUGAUUACAAUAAUAUUCAUCAACAAUAUUCUCAAAACAACGUUUAUUCCGACAAUACUACAAGUACGGCUGGUCUCAACAUGAACAUGAACAUGAACGUGAACAUGGCUAAUCUUCCGGCUUGGACAACAAGUCUACUUGGUCCGCCUUUAUCUCCAAUCAACUCUUUGUUGCUCAAGGCUUUCCAAAUUAGGAACUCUUAUAAUAUCAAUCCUUCUCUUCUUCAACAAGGAGUCUCCAAUGUUAUGCAAGAUGGUUCGAGUUCAUCUCAGCCGCAACCGCAAGAUGAAGCGUUUAAUAUGGACUCCUUGUGGUGAAGAGAUUCAAAACCACAUAUAUAUUUGAAUUUCUUAUUAACUAGUUUUCAUGUAAUCUUCAUCAAUUUCAAUUGUAUCACUAAUUAUACACACAUAGAUCUUCUAAUGAGGUCAAGUAAAUUAAUUA